CCAUACCAAAGAACUUCAACCCCUCCUUAUUUUUUCUCUCUACUUUUUACACCCUACCUAAAACCUAAAAAUGGGAGAAGCACGCAGCGGCGGCCACCAUUUCCCGGUGGGUUCCGUUGUUGAAGUGCUGGAUAAAGAGGCAGGCGUGCAUUUAGUUUCCACCGUGGUCCCUCCGCCCAGAAACAUCGAGCCCGAAAAUGAGGGGAAGCUUUACGUCAGGUACAGAUAUCUCCCGUUGCGCAGAGGCCGGUCGGGACGCCUGCGCGAGUUCGUGGACGUGUCGUCCGUGCGCCCGACGCCCCCUCCCCACAAGGCGAGCAAGCGCUUCGAGCUGAACGACGUCGUCGAAGCGUACCACAUUGGCGGCUGGUGGGAGGGCGUCGUCACUGCCGUGUCGGACGGCGGCGAGAAGCUCGUGGUGACGUUUGAAAACCCGCCUGAGCCUGACGAGCUCCGGUUUGCGAGGUCGAAUCUGCGGCCGCUCUGGGAUUGGGUCGAUGGGGUUUGGACCUGGCCUCAGAGAAAGGGGGAAAAUGGGGCCUUGAAGGUGGGAAAGAAGGUAGAAGUGUCGAUUGAUUGUGAUUUGGAUUUUGAUUUUGAUUUUGAUUUUGAUUUUAGGGUUGCUUGGUUUCCCGCGGUGAUUGUGAGGAAUUUGGGGAAUGGGGUUUAUUCGGUGAAAUUGAAGGAUAAAAAUGUUAAAUGUGUUGGUAUUAGGCCUUCCCCUCCGGUUCUAGAUGAUGGGGAAUUUAGGGUUGGUGAGAAAGUGGAUGCGUUCUUCGAUUGUGGGUGGUGGACUGGAUUUAUUAUAAAGAAGGUUAAGAUGAACGAGUACAUUGUGCUUUUUGAGGACAUGAAUUCUACUAAGCAAUUGAAUCGCUCGGAAUUGAGGCCGCAUUUGGAAUGGAAGGAUGGGAAAUGGCUCAUUCAUCAUGAUGGCGCCGCCUCUUCCUCACCAAAGUCUAAAAGGAAAAGAAAAUCGAGUUUUUCUUCUUUGAAAAGGCACAAGCCCCAAACUGAAUAUGAUCGCGAUGUCCAUCAAUUGAUCGAUGAAGAUUCUAGGGCUCCAAAUGAAGAAACAGAGCACAUUGAUAAAGACGGUGAUGAUAUUGAAUAUAAUCGCGAUGUGCAGCAAUUGAUCGAUGAAGAUUCUAGGGCUCCAAAUGAAGAAACAGAGCACAUUGAUAAAGACGGUGAUGAUAUUGAAUAUAAUCGCGAUGUGCAGCAAUUGAUCGAUGAAGAUUCUAGGGCUCCAAAUGAAGAAACAGAGCAUAUUGAUAAAGACGGUGAUGAUAUUGAAUAUAAUCGCGAUGUGCAGCAAUUGAUCGAUGAAGAUUCUAGGGCUCCAAAUGAAGAAACAGAGCAUAUUGAUAAAGACGGUGAUGAUAUUGAAUAUAAUCGCGAUGUGCAGCAAUUGAUCGAUGAAGAUUCUAGGGCUCCAAAUGAAGAAACAGAGCACAUUGAUAAAGACGGUGAUGAUAUUGAAUAUAAUCGCGAUGUGCAGCAAUUGAUCAAUGAAGAUUCUAGGGCUCCAAAUAAAGAAACUGAGCACAUUGAUAAAGAUGGUGAUGAUGUUGAAUAUGAUCACGGUGUGCAGCAAUUGAUCAAUGAAGAUUCUAGGGCUCCAAAUAAAGAAACAGAGCACAUUGAUAAAGACGGUGAUGAUGUUGAAUAUGAUCACGGUGUGCAGCAAUUGAACGGUGAAGAUUCUAUUUCUAGGGCUCCAAAUGAGGAUAGUGUGCAGCAACUUCCGUUUGUGAAACGUAACGCUAUUUGGAAAUCCAUAGAGUGGACGGAGGUGCUGCAGAGGAUGCCACAUUUUGAGCCACUGCGCGCCUUCAGGGAGAACCAGCGGGAGGGGUUGGCGAUAGCGUGUAUGGUGACCUUCACGAACAUGGUGGAGGCGAGCCGCAGGUUGAAGUUAACAGACCCCAAGAGUGAGAUGGACGACAUCCAGGAGACGCUGGUGGACUUGGAAACGUUUGGUUUUCACGUUGGGGAGGUGAGGGAGCGGGUGACCAAGUUGUUGAAGGCCAAGGAGGAGGCGGAGAGGCUGGAUGUUGAGGCUAAGGGGAUCUUGGAGCAGAUUGAGACGCGGAGUAUGACGAGGGAAAGGGUUGAGAGGGAGAUGCGGGAGAUGAACAUGCAUAUUGGGAGGCUGCAGGAGCGGCUUAAGCUGGCGGAGGUGGAGGAGGAGAAGGAAGUGGAGGAGAUCGGGCGUUUGCAGGCUAGGUUGGAGAAGAAUCAGAAGCAGGUAGAGAGUUUGAGGUCUGAUUUUGAAGCCUCUGUUAGCAAUGGCGAUUGAUGAUUUUGAAGGAGAGGAAGGCAAGUUAGUAGUUGAACUAAGUGUUGAUGUGUUUUGUAACUGCUGUUAAGCUUUGUGUUUUGUAACUGCUGUUAAGCUGUGUGUUUGUAGAGAGAGGGAGAUGAAAUGAGGUGCAGAUAAUUGGAUAUAUGCUGAAAUGAAAUCUAUGGUUAAGUUGCGUA